UUUUGAUUGUAAAAUCUUACUCGGGUUGAUUGAUAAAGCUAAUAUAUCACACAAACACUUUAGUGAUACGAUAAAUUGGGUAUAAGUAAUGGAAGUCUUCAAAGACUCCGCUUUUGAAGAAGCUUCGCGGUCUUUCCAAUUUGAUAUAAUAUUAAUUUGCUCUCAAAUUGGAGCACAGAAUCAAGUCUCUCGGUCCAUAGCGUUUCGCACAUACUAUGAAUUUGGUAUCCGUCUAGUUUUCUUUUUAAUGCUGUACUUCUUUUAGCGGAUGC